CAUCGUACGUAAAAUAACCCACGAGUUGCGGAUGUGUAACAAACUUUUCAGUUUCUCUUCCUAUUCCCAAAAUAGUGUCGUGUUCCCAGACAGAUCGUGCGUUACCCCCUCGAUGAUGAGUUAUUUUAAUUAAACAUUUCGCCUGAGUUCUGCAGUCAGACCAUUCUCUUUAAAGCAGUUUGUAGUUAAAUUGUGGCCAGUUAUAACGUUUUACGAGAGAUUGAAACCGCGGGUGUCAUUCAAAGAUAAAAUGAGAAGUGUCCACAGGCCAACAGUGAUAACCAUGAGGAAUGUUAACCCUGAAGGACAAGGAAUAAACUGUUGUUGUUGUAGAUGUUGUACUUGUCUGAAUUUAGGAUUUAUGAAAACGGAAGCUGGAGUUUUAAAACUCAUUGAAAUUUUCGCAGGUUUAUUUUGCCAAACACUAGCUGUUAGUUUCGGAUCUAAUUCAUACCUGAUAGGAGCAUCAUAUCAAGGGUUUUUAACGGCAGUAUCUUGGUCUAUGUUUACUACAGUUUUGCUGCUAAUAUGCUACAUAUUUUCAGAAAAGUCCGUUGGGCUUAUAAAGCAAUCUCUUUUCGAAACAGCAUUUAAUACAGUGGCUUCCCUCAGCUAUCUUAGCGCCUGUUCCUACUUGGGAUUUAUAGUCAACACAGUACUUAGUCCUUUGUACUCAGCUACUCCAUUCUUUCAAGUUUAUCCAGCAAUGACAGCUGCAUAUUUUAUGGGCACCAUCGUUGGAUUAAUUUAUGGUUAUGAUGCAUACAAAUCGUAUCAAUAUUUUAAAAACAUUCGGUGAUUUGGCGACUAAUAAUGUUUGAUGUAAUAAGAAUAACUUUUAAGUUCAGGAAACUUUAUAAAGAAUCAUUUCUAUUUUUCUUAGGAUAAUUAAAAUGUUUAUUUAUAUUUUAUGUUAUAAAAGAUGAA